AUGUUUAAAUCGUUAGCAAGAAGUUCAAUAAUAAAAUCAUCGUCACCUUUAGUUGCUAUAUCGAAAAGACUAUAUCACCCAAACGUUAUCGAGCAUUAUACCAAUCCAAGAAAUGUAGGAUCCCUAGAUAAAAGUCAAUCAAAUGUAGGAACAGGUCUUGUAGGUGCACCAGCUUGUGGUGAUGUGAUGAAACUGCAAAUACAAGUCAAUGAUAAUACUGGAAUUAUAGAAAAUGUUAAAUUCAAGACAUUUGGAUGUGGUUCAGCUAUUGCUUCUUCAUCUUACGUUACAGAGUUAGUAAGAGGUAAGACUCUAGAGGAUGCUGCAAAGAUUAAAAACACAGAAAUUGCAAAAGAGUUAAGUUUGCCUCCUGUCAAACUGCAUUGUUCGAUGUUAGCUGAAGAUGCGAUCAAAGCAGCAAUAAGAGAUUAUCAAUCCAAGAGGAAGGCUACUGUGCUUAAAUGA